AUGGGUGAUCUGACUCUAGCAGACGCUGAAGUGGAGGUGGAUGAGAAUCCAUGUGCAGUGUCUGUGCCAAAGAAAAGGGAAAAACGUGGACGGGGACGUCCUGCUGGAACAUUCGGCAGCAAGGAUUGGAAAGAGUAUUGCCAAGAGCAGGAUAGAGAGAGACUUGCUCAGCUACCAAAGCCUGGGGAUAUUGCAUAUGCCCGGGCAUGUCGUGCUGAGAAAGUGCAAGAACGUCACAAACAAAAAGAAGCAUUCGCAGUCGCAGCGGAUCAAAUGAAGUUGAAGAUAGCUGUGACCCCAGAGAGCAUGCAGGCCUUGGAGGAAUACUUUCCACCUGAAGUCGUGUCUAUCUCUUCCAAGAAACCUUUGCAUUUGGAUCUACAGACUGCUCUCCUGAAAUCUGUGCAGAAAGGGGUGGAACCUGACGACCAAUUGACAGAAAAGCACCUUACUGGAGCAAUGAUGACUAUGAGCGCCAAAGCUUUGGAGUCUUGCACCGCAGAGAACAAUGUCGGGAGACGUAUUCUCUCCAUCUCUUCAGCAAUUUUUGAAUGGAUUGCAUUGAUGUGGAGUUGCUUGUUGUCAUUCUUUGUAUCAUCUGAUAGUGGGAUGCGCCCAGUGCUCUCCAUGCUGAGACUCAGAUAUGAUGAGACACCCACAAAGGUCAAGGUGCUUGACCACCAGGAUGAUGUGUCUGCGCUGCUGGAUGAUUCAACUUUGACCAUUGAGCAGCUAUGCAGUCUCAAUGUUUUGCAAUCAGAAGCUAGCACAUCUGCUGCGAAGAUAUUACAAAUCGAAUUGGGUAUUGGAUCUUUGCUCUUUGACCCAAAGCGGGACAAGUACUUUUGGAUCUAUGGGCAGCUUCCCACUUGUUUGUAUGGUCUUCAAUCCACAACAGGAAGCAACACGUUCUUGGCUUUGAAGGAUUGUGUGGAUGCUGUUCCAUCACACCGAGAAACCAGCAUGAAGUAUGCCUUCAAUUUGAGACACACUUGCAGUGACAGAUACCUAGCCAACAAUGUUGCAGAGCGUCAUAUGAACGGAUACUUUCCUGAUGCAACACUGAUCCACUUGCACUGUGAUGUCCACCGCUUAUACCAGUGCACUCGUGCUGCAAUGGACAUGGCAGAGAAAGACAUUUCAGGGUGCGUAGCAUUCGCUUUGGCUUUUGGUGACCCUGGUGUGGUCCCACGCAUGAGACAGGUGAUGUCAAAAAUCCUUCUUCGUAAGCUGGAGGUGGUUUUUGAACCACCACCUUCAGAUUGGAUUGAUGACUACAAACAGUAUCAAGCAGAGGUCUUCGACACGUUCCUGCCGAUUUACAAUGUGGUACCUGCUCGUGCCAAGUUGAAUCGCAAGAGGAGAUUCAUCCUUGGCCAUUUCCUGAACGGAGCUAUGUGGUGCCCUGAGGUCACUCACCAUUGUCCAUAUGGAUGCUGCAGUUCUGAAUUAUCCACUUUGAAAGGUAUCUCAAUCUUCGUGUCCUGGGCAUUGAUACCAACACGAUGCCCAAUGUUUCCGAGGAGCAGGUGGACAAAUGCAGAUAUUGCAAUAGACUUCGUUGGCCUUUUGGCAUCUGUUCACUCACUGCUUGAGCCCUUUGUGCUAGAGAUGACUGGUGGUCCUGAUAAGGAGCAUGGUGAGCAACAAACCAAAACCAAAUCUGAUGAAAGCAGCAACCUUUACGAUUUGUUGGACUCAAAGGCUGCAAUCGAGUGUGAGGAUGAGUGGAAUGCACUUCUUUUGGAAGAGACUGGAUUGGCUGCAGAGCAUCAAGCAACACAAACGACUGGGGUGGCUGCAGGCGAUGCCAAGAAGGUCAACACUGAGCCUGGGUCAUCGGAGAAGUUCAUGGCAGCUGACACAACCACAAAUGAUUCAGGUGAAGCCGAAGCAAAAGCAGACUCAGAAAGCAAGCUUCCAUUUGCAUUUGGAGAAGACGCAGGGAGUGAUUCCAAAGAGAAGUUGAAGUCCGCAGAGGCUCAGGCUGUGUUGGAAGCGCUUGGGCAGUCCAUCGUACUUGACAUUGCACCAAUUGAGGCUAGACAUGCUUCGAACAGAGAGAUGAGCCUUUUGAGAGGCAGAGGAUACUUCCCCACACUUUCAACUCUGGCUUCAAAGUUCAUUGGGAACACUGCUGGAAGGCAUCGACAGAUAGUUCAGAAGGCUUCAGAUCUCUUUUGCAAUUCGAGUUCGAAGCUUGGUGAACAAUACCGUGAGCUUUCAGAACAAGAGUACCAACGAUACAAAGCUAUUGGAGAAGCAGCGACCCUGGCUCACAAGUCUGGCUUCCAAUCUUUUCCAUCUCCAACGAAGCCAGAUACUGACGCCUUCAAGUCUGGCCUGCAAGCUUUAGCUGCAAGAAAAGAUGCACCCCUUCCUGGCGCAGAAUUGGACUCUGGAGUCAUAGUUGCCGCAGAUUCAGACUGGGACUUGAAGGUUUCACUUAUGUUCAGUGGGCCAGAUUCGUUCUAUGAUAAAUAUCAGCAAAUCAAACAGCUGGCUGAGGAGGAACGGCGCCAACGUGUGAUGAAUGUGGAGUUGGGCAAAAAACAAGUGGCUGAGCUUCAAGCACAUGCGGGUUCAGCUGUGAAUCAUGACUUUGUACAAGACAUGACCAAAAAGAACAUGACAAAGACAGCAGGUGGAUUUCUUCUUGCCAGCGGUCCUGCAAACUCUGUUGUGUCAUUUGAUUGGGUGGCGCCUGUCUCUUCUGCAGUCAAGGCAGGAAGUUCCAAGUGA